AUGGGCUCGUAUUUAUCGAGAAGCAUCCUUAUUAUAACCUUGGCUAUUGCUCUAAGCCAUAUUUCAGAAAGUAUAAAAGGGGCAACAGAGGUAGGAACCUUCACAAGGACAUAUGCAUCCAGGUAUGCACGCAAUCUGUCUCAGCUAUCGCUGUUUUUGGAUGAUUGUUUACUCAGCGAGAACCAGUACACGAAUGGGAAUCAUUACACACCCGACAAUGGCUAUAAUGGUAUAGUUGAGGAGUGGCAGUCACAGGAAGAGAUUGACACAAUGGGUAAUUUCCCGGAGUGGCAAGUUCGCAACGGGCUCAGUAGGAAGCACCGUGAUUAUAGCAGGCCCAUCAUGCAGCAACGCAACCGGGACGAGGGGAAACGGGGUAAUUGGAUCCAUGAGAUCGAUUGUGAAUGGGACGAUCAAUGGUACAGCACACGGGAGGAACGGGAAGGUUAUAGCGAUCCGGAGGGGCUGCAGCUUGACUGGUUCGACGGGUACAGCGAUACGGGGUCCAAUCCACAGGAACGCCAUGAAGACUGUUUGCAGGGCAGUUGUAGAGCCCAUACAAUACAAUACUGUGGGGUCUCUUACCCUAAGUGGAAAGAUCGUAUCUGGGAAAUAUAUCAAUCACAUCUUCCAUGCGGUUGGACCAUGGAUGACCUUUCAAAGCACCUCACGAGCAAGGGAAUAUUAGAAAUGCGGCGAAAAUUUUUUCUUAGGCUGACCAAAAAGAAAGCAUUUGUUUUAUUCUUUGAUGACGUGCUGUAUUUAGAAACGAAGUAG